AAAAUCUCAUGGACUUGAAAUAUCCAACCGUAUUACCACCGAAUCCUCAGCUUAAGGCUCUACUUGUAUUUCAUAAAUCGGACAAUAUCUGUGAAGUAAUGACACAAGCGUGUCAUCGCCAACAAUUGGACGUAACUGUGGUGAAGACAAAGGAGGCAGCGCUUGAGAUCCUUUCAAAUACAAACACCACAGCGGAAUGCUAUCACUUAAUUGUAAUUGAUGCGCGCUCAACCAAGUAUUUGGAUGCUGAGUACAUUACCAGGUCAAUUCGUCACACAAAUGGACAUCAUUUCACAACAAUAAUUACAGUUGUAAAGAAAAGGUAAGUUCUU